GCAUGCUGGGACAUUAAAGAAUCCCAGAAUAAAAUUUGUCUCGCCAGAUACUGAACAAAUAUUCAUUAACAAUGUCAAAACGGAAAAAGUCUGCCCCAGUAAUAGAUUCUGAUAGUGAAGGAAGUGAUAGUGGCUCUAACCUAGAUGAAGAGUUGAAAGCAUUAGCAAAGAGAAAGAGGCGGACAUCUGAAUCUCAGUCUAAAGCAGCUAGCCAGUCAAGUGGUGGUAGUGACUCGGAAUCAUCAUCUGGCAGUGAUGGAGAAUGGAGAGGAGAUGGAAAGAAAAGCAGAAAAAAGAAGAAAAUUUCAAAGAAAACACAAAGAAAGACUAUGGUAGCAUCAUCAUCAGAAAGCGAGAGUGAGGGGGAAAUUAGGUCAGAACCAGAGGAAGGAGAGGUGUCAGACUCUGAUGAUGAUUCUGGUGAUGAACAGUUCCACGACGGUUUUGAUGAGAAUUUAAUGGGAGACGAGGAAGACAAGCAGAGGCUGGAGGACAUGACAGAGAAAGAAAGAGAACAGGAACUAUUUGCUCGUAUGGAGAGAAGAUCUCUCCUCAAAACUAGAUUCGAAAUUGAGAGGAAGUUAAAACAUGCCAAAAAGCUUGAACAGAAAAAGAAGAAAGAGAAAGGGGGAGAAUCUUCAGGACCAAAGGGUGUAGUUGGAAUGGUAGCUAGCAAACGUAGUCAGGAAAGACGCAAAGAUUUAGAAUCAAAGAAAGACAACAAGAAAUUGACAGCUAUGCAGGAAUUAAAAGCUAGAAGAGAAGAGAAAAAAUACAGAGAAGAACAAAAACAACAAGAAGAAGAAAAAAAGAAGCCACUUAAAGCAAGUGAUAUAUAUUCUGAUGAUGAUGACGAUGAUGAUGAUGAGGGUGAAGACAAAGCAGAAAAGCAGAAAGAAGAAGGUGAACGAGAAAAAGAUGACUCUGACUCAGAUAGUAGUCGAAGUAGCAGCAGUCGGAGUAGUAGAUCUUCCUACAGAUCCGAGUCUUCAGAUGAAGAAUCAAGAUCAAAGUCACGGAAAAGAUAUACUCCUAUAUCAUCAAAAGAUGUUUUAGCAAAAAUACGACUAUCUCGACAUAAACUUGAAAGAUGGUGCCAUAUGCCUUUUUUCAGAGACACAGUUGUUGGUUGUUUUGUAAGAAUUGGUAUAGGCAAUCAUGAUAGCAGACCUGUAUAUAGAGUGGCAGAAAUUGUGGAUGUGGUAGAAACAGCAAAAAUAUAUCAGUUAGGGAGUACAAGAACAAAUAAAGGCUUAAAAUUAAGACACGGAGCAUCAGAACGGGUAUACAGAUUAGAAUUUGUAUCUAAUCAAGACUUCACCGAGUCAGAAUUUUUCAAAUGGAAAGAGGCAGUGAUGUUAGGAGGUGCGAUGCUGCCUUCAACAGAUGAUGUCCAGAAAAAACUCAAAGAUAUUCAAUCAGCUCACCAGUUUAAAUUUAAAGAUGCAGAUAUUGAAAAGAUUGUAGCAGAGAAACAAAGAUUUAAAAAGAAUCCUCAUAAUUAUGCAUUAAAGAAAACAGAUUUACUCAAGCAAAGGGAGGAGGCAGUGUUGAAAGGUGACCAUGAAAUGACGAUGAAAUUCCAACAAGAGCUUGACAGUCUCGAGGAACGUGCAGAAGAUCUCGACAAACAGAGGAGUCAAAGUAUCAGUUCUAUCAGUUACAUAAACCAGCGUAACAGGUUACGUAAUCAGAUAGAAAAAGAGGAGGCUAUGAAACAAGAAUUCCAGGCCAUGAAGGGGGCAGCUGCUGAUCCAUUCACUAGACGUCAUAGUAGACCUACACUAGUCACUAAGUCACGAGAUCCAGCAGUCUUGAAUCAAGUUGAUGAAGCAAAGAAGAAAGAGAUGGAAGAACAGAGAAAGAAACUUGUUGAACAGAACAUAGGACAAAAUAUGGCAGCAUUAAAUAAAGAAAAGAAAAAUGACUCAUUGAUGUUUAGCAAUUCAAAGACAGUAGAAAAAAAGAUCUCAGAAGAUCCAUUUGCCGAUCAUGAUUUUGAAAUAAAGAUCGAUAUGGAUCUAUCAACUACAAAUACUGCAGUAGUAGUACAAAAUCGACCAACACCUCAGUUUAAACCAGGAGCCCCACGACGGUCACUCAACCUAGACGAGUAUAAAAAGAUGAAAGGACUUAUUUAGCGUAAGAGGGAGCGAGUGGGGAGAUGCUUGAGUUGUGAUCUGGUUAGAACAGACUCUGGGGGAGAGGGUGAGAGAAAGUAGGGAGAGAGAGAAUUUUUAGCUCAUCUAGGGGAGCUGUGAUCACCUUCUGUCCGUUAGACCUAUCACCGUAUUAUAAAUAUGAGUGGGUUUUUUUUUUCCCAUUUUGUUCACUGAAAGACAGUAUUGCAAAAAUCUAAGAGGGUUUGACAUUAUGUUUGUAAACUUUUCCUUAUAUGAAAUCAGGAAUCAAAGCUGAUUUCUUCCAACUUUUGAAAUUUAUUUGAUUUAAGCAAAUAAGAUUUUGGUGUAUUUAGCUUUAAACCUAAAAGCUGGCCGUUAUACUGAAGAAGUUCCAAAUGUUUUAUCUCGAACUUUCAGUAUUUGAAAUUUCUGUCAUAUUGUUUUUUAUAAUUUUUGAUGUAAGUAUGUACUCUGGUGAGCAUGUUAGGACCUUCAUGUCAUUGUAAAUUCCCUCAUUUUGUUACAUUUUUACACCAGUCAGAAUGGCAUUAUAGAUGUGGCAGUAAUGCCUGUUGUAAAAUAUAUGGGAGAUAUAUUGUAUAUGUUAACCUAGCUUGCCUAAUGUGAGACAAGACAGGUUGAAAAAAAAACAUUUUUUAGCGAUUUUGUUUUACAUAGGUAUUGUAUGAUGUCAUAUGGAGGUGAAUUUUGCUUAUUUUGGUGAACAUGAUUAGACUCAUAUGAAAUAUAACAUAUCAUUGCAAUACAUUUUUGCUUACUACUUGAUGUAGGUUUAUUUCUUAGCAUUAUUAUCAGGGUUUCUUAUUAACAUAGUGGGCUUUUUUCUUAAGAUUUUGGAGACAGUUUAGCACUGACAUGAAAUUUUCUUGGGUAUGGUUCGGGAAUUUUCAGCAGAAGUUUGGAGAAAAAUUUGGAAUAUGACAAAAAUGAUCUGCCAUGAAAUGAGCAGAAAAGCUCUGUUAACAACUCUUCCGAUUUGUAUGGAUAUAUUGUAUGAAAACAUAUGAACAUUUAAAUGUUUUAGUAGUGUUAUGCUAUCUGGUUUACAUUGUGAACUUGCAACUGCUGUGCUGCUGAAACUGUUUCUGUUAUCAUGUUUUUAUUGUACUGUGAAUGAUAUCUUGGGAAAUAAAUUCCUGACUGACAUUUUAAUUUAGAUUAUGUUUUUAAUACUUUCUCAGCAAGUUUGACUACCUGUUAACUUAACAGGGAAUUUUGACAACCAAUCCAGGUUCUACUAGUAAAUCUAUUGUUUUGCGUAACAUUUUUAUGUCACUUCAUUUUUCUGUCUCUAUCUUUGUUUUCUGUGGGAAUAGUAACUUGUGCUUUGUUAGUAUAAAUUCUUGCAAAAUUGUAUGAAAUAGGAUUAUUUAACACAACUUUUCUUUACUGUAAUGCUGUGCACAGUUGGCAAUAUAUGUACAGUAUAACUGUAAAGGCCAGUAAGGGGUAAACACCUGUCUACAAAGAUUUACAGUUUCUUUCCCAUUAGAUAGAAUUCUGAAGUCUAAGUUGAUUAACUUCUCUAGAGCAUCAAACCUCUUUACAUUGAACACGUUUUUAGUCUUCCCAUUGGUGUUUACUGCAGGGAGGUCGGCCUGUAUAUUUCAAAGCUUGCACAAUAUGAAAGUGAGUUUUUGGCCUUUGUCACAAAGUCUGUAGAAAGACUUAGAAUAUGUUAUUUAUGUAUCAUGUUGUCCAUAACUCUUACAAAGAAAGUGAUUUUUGAAAGGCUUCUUUUUGCAGUAGUAGUUUUAUUAGCUCACCUGUCACAUAGUGACAGGGUGAGCUUUUGUGAUCGCCCUUCGUCCGUCGUCCGUCCACAAUUUCUUGUCUGCAUGAUAGUGGUUUCAUUUAUGAUUUUAUUUGCACACAACUUGUAUCACCAUAAGAUCUUGGUUCCUUUCUUGAACUGGCCAGAUUCCAUUAUGGGUGUCAGAGUUAUGGCCCCUGAAAGGGCCAAAAUUAGCUAUUUUGACCUUGUCUGCACAAUAGCAGCUUCAUUUAUGAUUUGAAUUUAAUCAAACUUGCACAAAACUUGUGUUACCAUAAGAUCUCGUUUCCUUUCUUGAACCAGCCAGAUUCCAUUAUGGGUUCCAGAGUUAUGGCCCCUGAUAGGGCCAGAAUUAGCUAUUUUGACCUUGUCUGCACAAUAGCAGCUUCAUUUAUGAUUUAAAUUUAAUCAAACUUGCACAAAACUUGAAUCACCAUAAGAUCUCAGUUCCUUUCUUGGACCGGCCAGAUCCCAUAAUGGGUUCCAGAGUUAUGGCCCCUGAAAGGGCCAAAAUUAGCUAUUUUGACCUUGUCUGCACAAUAGCAGCUUCAUUUAUGAUUUGAUAUUAACCAAAGUUGCACACAAUUUGUAUCACCACAAGAUCUUGCUUCCUUUCUUCAACUGGCCAGAUUCCAUCAUGGGUUCCAGAGUUAUGACCCCUUAAAGGUCCAAAGUUGGCUAUUUUGGCUUUUGGAGCCAUAUAGAGACUUCAUUUAUGGUUUUAUUUGAUACAAACUUCCAAAAUAUCUUCAACAACAAUAAAUCUUGGAUUCCAUGACAAAUCAGAUCCAAUCGUAGGUUCCAGAGUUAUUUUAUAUCUGAUUACCUCCCCUGAUUUUAAUCAAAAUGGAUUUAUAUCAGUAAGUACUUAUAGGACUUAUUUGAAAUUUCAUUAUUGUUAUUAGUUGGACUGAGACAAUCGGGGUAGAUAACUAUGAACUGAUUUUAUGUCAAAUUACCUCCCUUUAUUUCAAAUUAAAAUGGGUAUAUCUCCAUAACUAAUGAAGAUACUGAUCUGAAAUUUCAUUGAUGUCAACAGAUUUAUUUUGCAGAUCCUUCUUUUGUUCACUUACAACAUUUUUUUUAAUUACUUCCCUUUUACGUUACUAUAAAUAGCUUAUUUUUAGUAACUUUUUUAUUAUUGGCCGUAGGGAAAAACCGAGACCACUUUUCUGUGGUGCAACAUGGAUGGUACCUCCAAUUAUUAGGUGUAUUUUGACAUAUUUAUACCUUGUAAGAAUUUUUUUUUUUUGGUUAAAUUUCUUCUCUUUGUUGUUCCUGUCCUUUGGACUUAGAUAUUUUUUCUGAGGACCUUCUUAUCCUCAAGUGCAAUGAUAACAGGUGAGCGAUAUAGGGCCAUUAUGGCCCUCUUGUUCAGCUGUUGCAUUUUAUCUAAGACACAUGUACAUUUCAGCGGAUACUCACCAAUGUAACUUUCAGCUGGCUUUUUGCUCUUAUUUUGGUAAAAACUUUAGUCAGGUUGACCUUAUGUCUUCCAGAUCAAACUUCCAAAAUUUCUUUGUAGAAAUGUUUCAUAUGAUAUUAUUAAAUCUUAAGUAUAUUUUCAAGAGACUGUCAAAAAUCCAUUUUUUUCAUCUCAAUAUAAUGAAAACCAAACAUCUUAAUUUAGAUCUUUUCUUCUACACACAAAGAUUUUUCAGAUAUAUGUUAGAACUGGAGAAUUAAUGGAUCAGAAUAUUUUAAUGAAAGAUUAAGUUUUCUAGUUUCAGCCUUUAAAUUAUUUUGAAUGUAUAGUGUAAAUAGAGAAUAUGUGCAGAGUGGUCUAAUUUGCUCACGUAUCUUAACACUUUAACUGUACUGUAAUCAUAUGAAGAAAGUGCUAUUUUUUCACCUCGGUUAUUGAAUACACUAUACAAUGCAUAUAUGUUUUCACAUGUAUUUUUCACUUGUAUUGUGUAGCUGGGUAGAUGUAUAGUAGGAGUUGUAAUCCACAGGGGCCAGUAUAAAAUUAAAAAGUAUUAAUUAUAUAGUUCAUUUAGGCCAUUCUCACAUAAAAGACUGAUACUGACCCCUGUGGUUUAAUCUGUUGUGUCUUAGUUUUUUGUAGGUUACUUAUAAUAGACUGUGUACCAUUCAUUUCUCUUUUCACAUUUCUUCCAAGUUCUAUACUAGGAGAUAGUAUACCUCUGUGUAGUAAAAUUACUACAAAGGCAAAGAAUACACUGUUUGUCUGCUAUUUUAUAUUAUGUGACAAUUUUCUCCAUCUUUUUACAUAGCUGUUAAUUUAUUAAAGCAUUGCUGGUUUACCGAUUGCCAAAAAUCCUUCUCAUCUACACAAAGAGUUUAUGUCAUCUUUGUAUUCACUAUGUUGCAGCAAGUACAAGGAAUAUAAUUACCACAUAUCGAGGGAUAAGUUGACAGUGUCUUUGUUCCCAACAUGAGCAAAAUUCUUCUCUUUGUACACAUAAAAAUAAAAUAUUUUAUGAACAA